AUGAUUCGUCGAAGAAGACGAAGUUUUUUUAUAUUUCUAUUCAUUGUAAUAUUAUUAUAUAUAUUUAUUCAUUAUCCUUAUUCAACAUAUUCAUCGUCUCAUUUAACUUUAUUCGAUGAAAUUCAUCAUGAAGAUAAUUUGUAUGUAACACCAAAAUAUUGCUUUACAAAAACAGAAAAGAAAAAUAUUCGUCGAGCAAUAAUCGUUCAUUUUCCUGUUGAACGUUCAUCAGUAUAUAUAUCAGAAUUAAAAUGGUUAUAUCUUUCAUGGAUUGAAACAAUUCAAAAUCAAUCUAUUGAUUGGCAAACUGAUUUAAUUAUCUAUUCUUUACCUUCAUCAUUAUUAGAUGAAUUAGGUUGUUAUGAAUAUAAUAAUAAAUUGUCAAAAAAUAAUUGUUUUAGAAUUGAUUAUAAAUCUUUAUGGGAUAAAACAAAAAAUAAUAGUCAACUAUUAAGAUUAAUUCAAAUUCAUGUACCAACAUGGUGUCGUCAUCUUGAUUCAUUAGGAAUUUUACUUGAGAAUUCUGAUUUUUUAAAUCAAUAUGAUUACGUUUUACGAACAGAUUUAGAUGUUUUUUUAGCACCACAUUUUGCUCAUUAUAUUCCAUUUGAUUGUUCAUUUCAAAUAGGUCUUGGUGGUUAUAGUCUUGAUUAUACAUUAAAUAAACUUUCUCGUAUCGCUCAAACAUUGAAUUUAUUAGAUGUUAACUUAACACAUAUUGGAUCAACAUGGUAUGGACCGCCAAAACAAAUUGUUUUAGUUGGACGUUUAGCUCUUUGGUUAAGUGUAUGGUUAUGUCAAAAUGAAUUUACUUUAGUUGAAAAAGAUCAAAGAUUAUCGAUUCUGUCUUGGCCACAAUGGUAUAUUGGAGUUGUAUCGAUGUAUGCCAGUCAUUUAGCCAUAAAUCAUUAUGCUGGACGAGGACAAAUAAAAUUAAUACAAAAACCAUAUUUAAUUGAUUCUAGUUGUACAACAAAUACAUCUUUUAAUGAAGUUGAAAUUAUACAUAUUCAUGCUUGGCAUGUUCGUAUUGAUCUUUUACUUUUUUUUCCUCAUUGA